UUUUGCCAACUAGGGAUGAUGAUGGAGUGUGAUGUUGUUGUUAUGAAUGUCAAGUUUUAUUUCAUGGGUGAAAUACUAUCGUUUCCACUUUAGUGUGUGUAUGUGUCUAACUGGGGGUGACAAUGAUCACCCGUAAGACUAGGACAUGCACCAACAUGCCUUGGGAGGACGACGCAGACACAGAUGUACACAGACUUGCUCAGCGCAAAUCAAAAGUAAACAGGCUACGGCGAAGUCCAAAAGCAUCGCAACCAGUGCCACGCACAGUGGACACUUCGGAUAUCACAAAACCAGAAUUCAAAACACCAACACGACCUGCCGUCAGUAGAAAUACCCGUUGUUUGAGCAAGGAAUCUCCUGGUCUAAACAAUUCAGCAUCUCAACUCGACAUCAUAUGGGAUCACAACUCGCCGUCACCAAAGGGUUUCAUCCGAGGGAAAGGUCGGAGGAUAGACGUAGGGAAGACUGACGUGACUGCCCUUGUCAACCGCAUAGCUCCGAAGAGCGGAAAGCCUGUGUCGGCAUUGGACUCAUCUCUGGUUCAGUGGAUUGGAGACGGCGGCAUCCCCUGCACCCCCGAGCUGUCACAGCCCAAGACGAGGUCGAGGACGAAAAGCACCAACCAGGAAGCUGCUCACGACCACCUGAAGGAGCUGGCCAGACAGUUCGACUUCCACCUCAACAGGCAGGACAGCUUUCUGAACCAGCUGCCCGCUACAGCCCAACGAGUAGCUGAGGAAGAAGACGACGACCUUCAUCUACCAGGCAUAGAAAACCAGCCUCCUCUCCCUCAUCAUCACCAUCCUCCUCCUCAUCAUCCUCUGUCAUCAACACCCACGACGAUGGUGGCAACAACGAUGGCCAACCCGUCACCACCCGACGCUGUAGGCGCCCUGUCUCUCGACCACGACAUGGAGGAUGAUGAUGACCUGAACGACCUUUUCGACGGCCCGACGGUGAGCAUUGAGAAUGGGCUCAGCCAGCCUUUGUCCUGCGCCUCCCAAAGCGCCAGGGCGUCUCAGGCGAUCUCUCAACCCCGUAAUGGGCUGCUGUCUGGGGGCGUGGCACACGGGAGGAUGCCUGGUGGUGGUGGUGGUGGUGGCUCUCAACAUACCAAAACGUCACAGGCGACGAUCUCUCAACCCCGUAACACACAGACUUUUGGUGGGAAUCUCAACACAAGGUUACCCACCGCCGCCUCUCAAGCCUCCAGGCCGACACAGCCACCAACCGCUCAACCCCAAAACGCCUCGUUAACCUCGAGGAACUGGCACGCGAGGAUGCUCGGUGGUUCCCAGAAUGCAAAGGCAGCACAAUCCAUCGCUCAACCCCGUAACGGACCCUCAUCUUGGGGCAACUCGAAUGUGAGAACCCUCAGCCACGAGCCAACAUCCAAGGACGCCAAGCAAAGCACUGUCACUACUGCUGCUGCUGCUGCCAUGGAUCUUGCCGGCUUUGAUGACGACUGGGGCGAUGAGGAUGAUGGGUUGCUUAGCGACUCCCUGGUGAUGGAGAUGACCCAGAACCCAGACCUCUUUGCGCCGCCCAAGCACUGUUCCACACAGAAACCUGUUGCCAUGGCGCCACCCAAUCAGAAAGCAGCAGCCAUGCCGCCACCCCAACACAAUUCCACUCAGAAUCGGAACUCUUUUGCACCGCCCAAACACGGUUCCGCACAGAACCCAAACCCUUAUACACAACAGCCUAAACAGUCCUCUACGCAGAACCAGAAUCAUUUCCCCCCACCUAAACACUGUUCCACACAGAACCCGACCUGUUUUGCUGCGCCCGAACAGUCUUCUACUCAAAACCUUAACCAUUUCCCCCCACCUAAACCCAUCGUCACAGCUCCACCACAGAGAGUGCAGCCCGCUCCCGUUGCCCCAGCCAACGCCUCAAAUCGCUACCAGCAACAACCAGUUAGCAGUAGCAACAGCAGCAGUAGAGGUUCAAGCGGAGGGGCCGUAUCUCGACCUGUGGCGGUGGCCAUCAUCGAAGAGGAGCCCAGCGACGACAUCCUGGUCUCGGAAUGCGAAGCCGCCAUCAUGGCGGAGGACGAUGAUCUCGAUAUGUUCUUCGCCGCGUCGGACUCGGGGUGGGACGAUGGUGUUGACGACGACGACCUGCUGUGCGAAGCGUGCGACGGCCUAGACGACGGCCACCAGGGUGUUCCGGAACCCACUGCCGCCGUGUCGACCGUUAACAUGGUUUCCGUGACGACGGGAAAACAACUGUUCUCCAACGAUCAGAAUAGAAUGCCGAAUGGCAAUACAGCAGUGGGAUCGUCGUCACUGUUGUCAGUAGGAAACGCAGGAGCAUACAAAGGACAAUACCAAGCCACCAACUCCGCGCAGCCAUGUGCAGCUAGCAAAACGGUUUAUAGUGCAUCGUCAGCCAAUGCUUUUGGAAGCGAUCCGGCACAGAUGGAUCAUUCUGGAUCUGGUGGUGGUGUGGGGAAGAGACAGGUGCAGAGCCCCACAAAUAAUCGGCCUUUAAUAUCGGGUAACAUGGACCAAAGACACCCUGUCGUAUCCCAUCCCAGUAGUCAUGCUGGUAAACUGACAAAGACCACUUCCUUUGGAGGCCCUUCCUCUUACCACACCUCAGCCAAUCAGAUGGAAGGGAGUGGUCACAUGCAGAGGGGUGAUUCUUCAUCUGUUGCCAGCACUGCUGUAACUGGUCUUGGGGCACAUGCACUCAAGAAGGCCACUUCCUUUGGAGGCUCUACCUACCACUCCACAGCCAAUCAGCUGAAGGGGAACGCAGGAAGUGCGGUGGGUGCCAGCCAAUCAGCAAUGAGAAUGGUCGGUACCACCACUACCACCAACAGCAGCACACAGCAGCAGUACGCUUUCAAGAGGUCAGCGAAUGGCAACAACGGUUACAGUUCGUCCACUGUCAACACAGAAGUCCCGGCGGCUCUAGGGAGGUGUUCCGCUGCCGAUAUCGAGCGUAAGAAGCAGGAGGCCCUGGAGAGGCGCCGUCUCCGCAUGCGGGCCACACAGAACCAGAACCAACAGCUCCGGGCCCCCUGGUAGAACCCAUAACUCAGAUUCCGGUUCUAGACCUCUCUUAGAACCCAAACCACUUGGUUCCAGAUCCCUGAUUGGACUCUGGCUCUUGGUUCUAGAUUCCUAGUACAACCCAGGGCCUUGUUCUAGACUCCCUCUCCCUGAUUGGACUCUGGUUCUUGGUUCUCUUGGUUCUAGAUUCCUAGUACAACCCGGGCCUCGUUCUAGACUCCCUCUCCCUGAUUGGACUCUGGUUCUUGGUUCUCUUGGUUCUAGAUUCCUUGUACAACCCAGGGCCUCGUUCUAGACUCCUGGGCAGCACCUGGCACCUUGUUCUCUAGUACCGCUUGCCAGUACCCGGUUCUUUACUUCUGGGUAGUCCAGUACAUCGCCCUCGGGUUCUAACUCCCAGCUACAGUAGUACCCAGCGCCCGGUUCUAGCAGAUGGUUCCUCCAUCACUAAAGCAAACGGGACUCAUCUUACCUGGUCUCUGUGUGGGGUAUUUCUAGAAAGUGAUUUAGUCUCUAUUACUUCUUUUCCACUGCCGGGUUUCUGGUAGGCCUACAGCUCGACACAGUGCGACUUG